UUUUUUUUUGGUACCAUAGAGUUGCACUGAAAACAGAAGAUAGAGGGAGUCUCGGAGCUCGCCAUCUCCAGCGAUCUCUACAUUGGGAAAAAACAUGGAGUCAGCUCCGGCAGCCCCCGACCCAGCAGCCAGCGAGCCGGGCAGCAGCGGCUCCGAAGCGGCCGCCGGCUCCAGGGAGACCCCGCUGAACCAGGAAUCCACCCGGAAAAACGAGCCGCCGACACCGGUGCGCAGACAGAGCUAUUCCAGCACCAGCAGAGCUGACCAAAUUGAAACGUGUGGGUUUCCAGGAUUAAAGAACACUAGUGCAUUAAACGGGAAACAAACCUCUCCAAAAUCACAAGGUAUUUCGGUAACAAAGAAGACGCAUACAUCUCAAAUUGAAAUUAUUCCAUGCAAGAUCUGUGGAGACAAAUCAUCAGGAAUCCAUUAUGGUGUCAUUACAUGUGAAGGCUGCAAGGGCUUUUUCAGGAGGAGUCAGCAAAGUAAUGCCACAUACUCCUGUCCUCGUCAGAAGAAUUGUUUGAUUGAUCGAACUAGUAGAAACCGCUGCCAACACUGUCGAUUACAGAAAUGCCUUGCUGUAGGGAUGUCUCGAGAUGCUGUAAAAUUUGGUCGGAUGUCAAAAAAGCAGAGGGACAGCUUAUACGCCGAGGUCCAGAAACACCGAAUGCAGCAACAGCAGCGAGAUCACCAGCAGCAGCCUGGAGAGGCAGAGCCAUUGACACCCACGUACAAUAUCACCACCAAUGGGCUAACGGAGCUUCACGACGACCUCAGUAAUUACAUUGAUGGUCAUACCCCUGAAGGUAGCAAAGCAGACUCUGCAGUUAGCAGCUUCUACUUAGACAUACAGCCUUCUCCAGAUCAGUCGGGUCUUGAUAUUAAUGGAAUCAAACCAGAACCAAUAUGUGACUACACGCCAGCAUCGGGCUUCUUCCCCUAUUGCUCUUUCACAAAUGGAGAGACUUCUCCGACUGUAUCCAUGGCAGAAUUAGAACACCUUGCACAGAAUAUUUCCAAGUCACAUAUGGAAACUUGCCAGUACUUGAGAGAGGAGCUACAGCAGAUAACAUGGCAGACCUUUCUCCAGGAAGAGAUUGAAAACUAUCAAAACAAGCAGAGGGAAGUAAUGUGGCAGUUGUGCGCAGUCAAAAUAACAGAAGCUAUUCAGUACGUAGUGGAGUUUGCCAAACGCAUUGAUGGAUUUAUGGAACUGUGUCAAAACGAUCAAAUUGUGCUUUUAAAAGCAGGCUCUUUGGAAGUGGUGUUUAUCAGAAUGUGCCGUGCCUUUGACUCUCAGAACAACACCGUAUAUUUUGAUGGGAAAUAUGCUAGCCCUGAUGUAUUCAAAUCCUUAGGUUGUGAAGACUUUAUUAGCUUUGUUUUUGAAUUUGGAAAGAGUUUAUGUUCUAUGCACCUGACUGAAGAUGAGAUUGCAUUGUUUUCUGCAUUUGUGUUAAUGUCUGCAGAUCGCUCGUGGCUGCAGGAAAAGGUAAAAAUAGAAAAAUUACAGCAGAAAAUUCAACUAGCCCUUCAGCAUGUCCUACAGAAGAAUCAUCGGGAAGAUGGAAUAUUAACCAAGUUAAUAUGCAAGGUGUCUACUUUAAGAGCACUAUGUGGUCGACAUACAGAAAAGCUCAUGGCAUUUAAAGCAAUAUACCCAGACAUUGUGCGACUUCAUUUUCCUCCAUUAUACAAGGAGUUGUUCACUUCAGAAUUUGAGCCAGCAAUGCAAAUUGAUGGGUAAAUGUAUCACCUAAGCACUUCUAGAAUGUCUGAAGUACAAACAUUUAAAAAAAAAAAAGACACUUUAUAUGGCCCUGCACAGACCUGGAGAGCCAACACACUGCACAUCUUUCGGUGGUCGGGGUCAGGCAAAGGAGGGGAAACAAUGAAAACAAAUAAAAGUGAAAUUUGUUUUUCUCA